GGCAUAUUUGUACUCUGUAGUGAAGUCAGAGAAAAAGAAUCCUAUGACAGUAGUUAAAAAUUGAAAAUUCUAUAAUGUAAUAAAAUUGAAUAGAGCAUUUUUGUGUCUAGUGGCUGAGGAGAAUGGAUUUCCUCUACCAGAAGCUCCCAGUGACAUGCCUCCUCCACCAGCCCCUGAUGGCCUUGAUCUUCCAACCCCACCACCUCUGCCGUGUGACGAGAACUUUGAAGCUCUGCGCUCUCGCCGCUCACGGGUGCGACGUCAUCCUCCUAGCUCUCGCUCGCUGUCUCUGAGGGUCCGCAUGGGCCCCAGUGCUCGCUCGCUGUACACGCGUUCGCUUUUUCUGCCUUCUGCUCAAUCACUCAUGAUACCCCCACCCCCUCCAUACCCGCCUCCUCAGGCUCCGCCGGUUUCGUUCAGCCCAUUCUGCAGGAUCCCUGCCCGUCUUGAGCACCUGGACCUUGAGAUUCCAGCACCGCCCCCAUCGCCACCACUAGACGGUUUUGACAACUUUGAAGGGUUGCCCCCUCUACCUCCUCCUAUUGAUUAUGACAUAACUGCACCAGCCGACUAUUUGGAUAAAGUGGUGGCACUAUAUAACUACGACACAGGCAAGCCAGGUGACCUGGUGUUUCAGGAGGGCGAUAUCAUCUACCUCACCAGCAGGAAUGAGGAUGGCUGGUGUGAGGGCGUUCUCAAUGGAGUAAACGGAUAUUUUCCUGGCAACUAUGUGGAGUCCACCGCUUAACUGGCCAUAAGAAGCCAGAAUGUCAGUGAAUGAAUUACUGCGACCGAAGGCACCUUGAAUUUCUAUUUCUAAAGUAAAACAGUGAAAUCAGCUGUAUGUUUGAAACUGCGGAAAUGUUUUUAUACUAUGUUGACCUUUUAAAACAUUUAAAAUGGAAUUAACAUGCUGACUGUUUCCAGCAGAGAUGAGUUUGUAUUUUAAAGUUUACUUUGGUCUUAAAUGAUGAUCAUAAUUGUUCUCAGGACUUUUUAAGUUAUAAUCGUAAUGUACAACAUAUUAAGAAACUUUAGGUGUAUUUGAAAAAUUCACAAAGUCGUGUUAAAUAGUGGAUGUUUAGUGGUUAAUUCUGUAAACAUAUUUUCAUGGUUUGUUUGAAUAGACAAUUGUGCAAAGUAAAUAAUGAAAUAAUAUAUAUGUGUAAUAUAUUAUAAUGCACUUUCCUAAUUAACAACUUUUAUUACUUAUGAUAAAUUACAUUUAAUUGGUAACAUUUUCUUGAUUCCCUUGCAAAUAUAGUAUUUUCCCAAACAUUGUAUGCUCUAUUUAGUGAAAUAAAUGUUAAUGUGCACCACAUUGGCCCAAUUCAGUCACAAUUUCAAUGUUUUAUGAUACCAACUUAGCAUUUACAGUCCAUCGAAUCAAUAAACUGUUGACAGUAAUGUCUGGGAAUGAA